AUGUCAGAAGACGGUAUUAAGCAAUUAUUACAAGCCGAAAAGAUGGCUCAAGAAACCAUCUCAAAGGCCAGACAAGAGAGAGUUCAAAAGUUAAAGCAAGCUCAACAUGAAGCUGAAAGAGAAAUCAAGCAAUUCAAGGAUUCAAAGGAAAAGGAAUUCAAGGAUUACGAAUCAAAGUUCCUUGGUAUGACCAGCGCCAACUCUGCUGAUUUAAAUUCCAAUGUCACCAAGGAAAUUGAUCUCGUCCGUAGAAAGACUGCCGAAAACAAGGCCUCUGUUGUAGAUUUACUCAUCCAAAAGACCUGCGAAGUUCACACUGACCUUUAA